AUGGGGGCUGGUCAGAUCGCAUACAUUAUGGUCGCUGUCAAGGAUACAGGAAUUGGCAUUAGUGAUCAUGCCCAGAAACGGUUGUUUGAACGAUUCAAUCAGGCGACCCCGAAGACAGAAAUGACAUAUGGUGGUUCUGGCCUUGGUCUCAAUGUUAGCAGAAAAAUUUGUCAACUACAUGGUGGGGAGAUUGGUGUGAGUUCCAAGGAGGGAGAAGGAAGUACAUUCGGCUUCUUUUUCAAAGUGCGUCGAAGCUUUGAUGCAUGCAAGGAAGACAACAACCACGACACCUUAAAGCUCGACAAGUUAUGUCGCGAUAUCCAGAUACUUGGCCAAGAGUUAGCUGGAGACGAUCGAUCGACAAAAGAAAUAUCUAUUCCUAAAGAUCCUCCAAUGGCCAAUAUCGAUGAGCUAAAAUCUGGCGCUCCCCGUGAUGGGAGAACGAAUCAUACCGCCAAGAUAGCUCAUCAGGUUGACAACAACAACGACAAUCAUGAAAGCGAGUCACGGCCCCAAGAUGACGCAAAUUCUUGUCGGCGCAUUCUUGUGGUGGAGGACAACGUUAUCAAUAGAAAGGUUUUGUCAAAGAAGCUGAAGGCUUUGGGAUUUCACAUUACAGAGGCAAGUAAUGGUCAAGAGGCAUUGGAUUUAACCCGAUAUGACACAUUUGACUGUAUCCUCAUGGACCAAGAAAUGCCUGUGAUGGAUGGUAAUACGGCAACCACGAAGAUCCGGGAAUUGGAGAAGAAAAGUGGUACAUAUACUCCCGUGUUAGGAGUGACUGCGAAUGUCAGAAAAACACAACAAACCGAAAUGCUUGACGCCGGGAUGGACGAUAUUAUACACAAGCCUUACAGCACCGAUCAUAUUCUGGAGAAAAUCCAUAAUCUAGUGGGGGUAACGAGCAAAGGGAAAGUUUCUCGAUGA